CCGGUAUUAUUCUCUCUUCCCUCCUGCAAUUGCGAGUUGCGGUGCCUUUUUCUCUCAUCCACUUGCCACCACCGAUUUCCACUUCCUGCUAGCUGCAGCGGAAAAGAAGCACCAGAGCUAGCUGCGGGCAGGCAGGAAUAAGCUAGCUAGUGGAAUUCUCUAAGCAUGAGCCAUGAAAAGUGUGUCGACGAAGGUUGCAAGCGGUGUUCACGGAGGGGCUACUUUAAUCGCUCUUCUGCAGCUGUACUUAAACGUGGUCGCGGCCGAGCCAUAUGCUCUUUCCUAAUCACCUUCCUCGUCCUGGCCGGCAUCACCGCUCUCAUAUUAUGGUUGGUGUAUCGUCCCCACAAGCCAAAGUUCAGGGUGGUUAGUGCUGCAGUCUUUGAUCUCAACGCAACGGCUCCUCCCUUCUUGUCGGCCACCAUGCAGUUCACACUCACCACCAGGAACUCUAACCGGCGAGUCUCCUUUUUCUACGAUCAGCUUUCGGCUUUUGUCUCCUACAGAGACCAGGCCAUCACCCCUCCCGUGAUGCUGCCACCUUUGUAUCACGAGACGAAGAGCACGGUGAUUAUGUCCCCGGUGCUGGGUGGAGCUUCUGUUCCCGUUUCGCCGGAGGUGUCCAACGGCCUGGCCAUGGACGAGGCUUAUGGAGUGGUGGCUCUGAGAUUGGUACUGUUGGGAAAGCUGAGAUACAAGGCUGGUGCUAUCAGGACCGGUCGUUAUGGUAUAUACGUCGAGUGUGACAUGCUGGUCGGAGUGAGGAAAGGGUUUGUAGGUCAGGUGCCUUUGCUGCCAUCUCCCGGAUGUAAAGUAGAUACUUGAAAGAGAUCAUCACCAAAGCAGCUAUGGACAUCAUCUCAUCAUACCUCUUCAAGUGGCCCUCAUCAGCGAUGUAAACGUUUCCCCCGUUCAAGUUACUCACAAAACCAACGUCAGUCUACUGUUGCUACUUUUCACUUUUAAGGUCAUAUAACUCUUAAAAGUGUAUCCCAUAUAACUCUUAAAGUUACCCUAGAGGCUGUCCUGUGGGGUUUCUAUCCCACGUCCCUCUUGGGGGUUGGGGGAUUUGGUAGAUAAGUCUCCUGACGUCCUCACAAGUUGUCGGUUUUGAGGAUUGUUCGAGAAUUAGGUUUAUUUGCGAAAUUCUGUGGCUUCAUAAGAUGAUGAAAGAAAAAAAAAACUCUUAAAAG